GGGGCGCUUACAUGAUGUCAUAGCCCAGAAAGGAAAAAUGCGUUCGUGUUUGGACUUCCGUCAAAUAAACUUUCGUCACGAUCCGUAUUUAAGGACCUAGCUUGUUAAAGAAAAGCAAGAUUUCAUCGUUAAUGAUCAAUAUUCGUUGGUGAAUACAGUCCUGAAAUAUGGGCAACUCUAUAAUUAAGUGGUUGAUCAGAGAGGUUGAAGAGGAACAUACCAUUAAAGCAACUUCGGAAGAUGGAAGCUCUCACGAGGAAGUAAAGAAUGGUUCGCCGGACAAUCAAGGACAAGUAUCUGUAUUUCAAGCCUUUGAUUCCAUGACAGCUAAUCCACAAAUGGCAGAUACGUAUCUGAACUUUGCAAAAGCCAGAGACCAUCAGAACGAUCAAGUGUACGAUGGAGUACGGAAUCCAUAUGUUUUAGUAAUAAACAACGUAAAUUUCAUCAGAGACCCAGUUCCAAGAAAUGGAGCUAAAUUCGACCUCAGAAAAGUGGAGAAAUUUGCUAAAGAAGCUGGUUUCCAAGCUGUAAGGCAGCACGGGGACUUAACAAAACAGGAGAUCGUAGACAUCCUUGACGAAAUCCGCAAAAACAGAGAAUUGGGUAAACAUGACGCAUUCAUCUGCAUUAUCAUGAGCCAUGGUAAUGAGACAGGAAUCCUAUGCAAGCACGGUGAAACCAUUCCAGUAGACGAAAUAACCGCUAAAUUUCGUGGUGGCAAAGAGUCGUGUCCCCAGCUGGUGGGAAAACCCAAACUGUUCUUCAUUCAAGCAUGUCGCGGCAAAGUUGACGACAAAGGGUAUUGGGUCACCAAUGGGCAAGAAUCAGACAAUGUUGUUGCUGAUAGCGACCAGAGCGAGGAGUUGCCUGUAAAACUUCCUUCUGAGGCAGAUUUUUUGAUCAGCUACUCGACCACCGCGGGCUGUAUCUCUCACAGGAGGUUCACAGAUUCUACGGUGAACGGAGAAAGACACAGCGAAAAAUUGGGCUCUUGGUUCAUCUCCUGCUUGGUGAAGGUUCUACAAGAAAAUUCGCACGUUGACGACUUAAUGACAAUGCUGACUAAAGUGAAUCAAGAAAUGAUCAAAUAUAGGACAGAUGGUGGAAGCAAACAGAUUCCAUGCCAUCUCACCAUGCUCACGAGAAAAGUCUACUUUGCAAAUUUCUUUGAUAAGAACCGGCCUCAAACUUGCCCUUGAACCAGAGACAUCUGAAUAGUAAUUACUUCUUUUAGUUGCGAUAAACUUUCUAGUAAAUGGACAUGUUUUAACUAAUAGCGUUGUCAUAUCAGCUCAUCUAUUGGCUGGGAGGACUUACAUUUAGAAGUAGAACAAACUGCAAAUAACCCCCACCCUCUCCCGCUCAGUAGCUAGAACUUCUCAUCCAAAAAUAACGCUUUUGUACUUGUUUUGAAAGGUGGUUCAUGGAAUAAAAUAGUAAAAUAUUUUCCUCCGACAUAGAUAAUACGUUGCCUAUCCAGAGUAAGUAGUCCAAGCAGUUGCGAUACUGAUAUUUUCAUUUAACCAAGGGUAAAUACUAAAACUGUAACUUGAUAAGUUUGAAUUUUACAUGUACAGUUGUUAAUAAAGGUUUACUGUCAACAGCA